UAGCAUAAAUCGUUCUGAACAGUCACAAAUGAUGCGGCGACCAGGACAGAUCCACAGCCACAGCAGCAGCAGCCCCAGCAGCAGCAUCAUCAUCCGCUGGCACCUAUCUGCAUCGCUUCUACUGAUGAUAAAUGCAAUCUGUGUAACAAGUCAAUAUGCAUCACCUUAUGGCAGCAGCAGUCAGGCUUAUGGCUACAAUCUGCCACCACAACAACAACCACAACAACAACAGCAGGAAAAUGCUUAUGCAACUCCCCAGCAGCUGAACUACGCCCAACAAUAUCCCUCCGUCCCAGCAGCAGCAGUGCAAUCUCUGUGGUCUGGAGCUCCCAUUGUAGUCAAUGACAAUCUAUAUAGCGCGAACAGCAAUCUGGGACAGGAACAACUGGAGCAGCAACGUUAUGUCACCAUCAACGGCUAUUACGGAGAGGAUUACCCCGGGCGACAGUACACACAAUUUCCCAAUUGGCGCUACAACAAUCCCGAGAGGCAGAGGAAGGAACCAGAGGUACCGCCACCGCCGACACGUGCCGUCAAUCACAACUACAACAAUGUGCCUGGCUAUGUAUACUACCAGCGACAGGAGCCUCCAGUUCAGCCAAGGAUCCAGCCUACAGUUCAGCCACGGAUCCAGCCUACAGUUCAGCCACGGCUUCUGCGGGAGUAUAAGCCCCAGUUUAGGCCCGAGUUGGACUCCAGCGAAGCCCGCCGCGAGGAGGAGCAAGUGGUCCACAUUGGCGGCAGUCGCUCUUUGGCCAGAAACAACUAUAACUACAACUACAAGCACAAUGACAAUGACAAUCAGAACUACUUUGAGCCAGCACAGCCCUGGCGUCGACGUAAUUUUGAGUCGACAUAUGCGGAGCACUUUUCCAAUUACCUCCGCAAAUAUCCGCAGCGCCUGCAGCCGGUCUACAGCACGGGCGAAAACUUCGAUGACAAAUGAGUGCUGGGACUAUCUAGUUAUCUAGUUUUAUGGCAUAUAAUAAAUCCCAUCAAAUUUUGUAUUCCCUUUUCUGUCAAAUACUCCGGAAAUUGGUAGUCCUUUGGGCAAAAGGACUUGGCUGACUAACCGGCUGCCGACCGAUCGGCGAUCUCUCCGACAGGCCACAGAAGUUCGCUCCGGGAAGCCCAAGGAGUGGCUUCAGUCCUGCUGUGUGCAACAUUCCCUCGAUGCUUCUGUCGUAGGCCAACGACUGCCCCUCUCCUGUUUGUUUGGUCGAAUGACUCCAAUAAAGCAUGUCGUUAAAAUGAA